GUUAAAGGUGCUGUUCCGCGACUGCCCUGGCGACAGUCUGUUGGUUCCCGUGCUCUGCUCCCGGCCAGGUAGGGGUCUGCCGGGCCACGCUGCGCGAUGCAGAGGCUGAAGGUGGUGUUGGGCCAUUUGGACGGCCGGCCUUAUUCGGGCUCCAAGCCUGAGCUGCGGGCCGCGCCGUGCUGGGGCGGCGCUGCGCGGGCGUCGGCCGAGGACGUGGUCGUGGUGCACGGGCGGCGCACGGCCAUUGGCCGGGGGGGCCGCGGCGGCUUCAAGGACACCACCCCCGACGAACUCCUCUCGGCCGUCAUGACCGCGGUUCUCCAAGACGUCCGGCUGCGUCCGGCCGAACUGGGAGACAUCUGCGUGGGAAAUGUACUUCAGCCGGGGGCCGGGGCAGUCAUGGCUCGAAUCGCCCAGUUUCUGAGUGACAUCCCAGAGACUGUGCCUUUGUCUGCUAUCAACAGACAGUGUUCUUCGGGGCUCCAGGCAGUGGCCAGCAUAGCUGGUGGCAUCAGAAAUGGGUCUUAUGACAUUGGCAUGGCUUGUGGGGUGGAGUCCAUGUCUCUGGCCGACAGAGGGAACCCUGGAAAUAUUACUUCACGCUUGGUGGAGAAGGAGAAGGCCAGAGAUUGCCUGAUUCCUAUGGGGAUAACCUCGGAGAAUGUAGCUGAGCGGUUUGGCAUUUCACGGGAGAAGCAGGAUGCCUUUGCACUGGCUUCCCAGCAAAAGGCAGCCAGAGCCCAGAGCAGGGGCUGUUUCCAAGCUGAGAUUGUGCCUGUGACCACCACGGUCCACGAUGACAAGGGCACCGAGAAGAGGGUCACCGUGGCCCAGGAUGAGGGUAUCCGCCCCAACACCACCAUGGAGGGCCUGGCCAAACUGAAGCCUGCCUUCAAGGAGGGCGGCUCUACUACUGCAGGAAACUCUAGCCAGGUGAGCGAUGGGGCAGCUGCCAUCCUGCUGGCCCGGAGGUCCAAGGCAGAAGAGUUGGGCCUUCCCAUCCUUGGGAUCCUGAGAUCCUAUGCAGUGGUUGGGGUCCCGCCUGACGUCAUGGGCAUUGGACCUGCCUAUGCCAUCCCUGAAGCUUUGCGAAAAGCAGGGCUGACAGUGCAUGACGUGGACAUCUUUGAGAUCAAUGAGGCCUUUGCAAGCCAGGCCGUGUAUUGUAUGGAGAAGCUAGGACUGCCUCCAGAGAAGGUGAACCCGCUGGGGGGCGCUGUGGCCUUGGGCCACCCACUGGGCUGCACUGGGGCUCGGCAGGUCAUCACGCUGCUCAACGAGCUGAAGCGCCGUGGGAAGAGGGCCUACGGGGUGGUGUCCAUGUGCAUCGGGACCGGAAUGGGAGCUGCUGCUGUCUUUGAAUACCCUGGACACUGAGUGAGGCGCUACCCCGACAGUCGGCUUUGGUGGCAAGAAAGCAACACUACAGAAGUGACGCCGCGUGGGAAAGUGCCGCGCUGUUGGCUUUGGCCGCUGUGGGCAAAUCAAGCCACUGCAGCUAAUUUAGAAAAUGUGAACACUGAAGACACAGUACAGGAGUGGGGGAGGGGCCAGAUCACCCGGGCCACAAAGGCCACCGUGUAAUUCUGGGGAGGGGCUUUGUGGAUGUGGAGUGCAACAGACAUAGUAAAUGUGUGUGACCUUA